CUAUAUCGGCAAUUAUUUAACAUUUUCACAACGAAUUUGAAACUAAAAAUCAGCACUGCCUACACCUCUUCUGCAUUGCAACAGAUCAGUACUUAUGCGAUUUGUAAGAAAGAAGAAGCCAUCACUUAGUAACGAGUGAUGACUCUUUAAGGAAAGGAUAAACAGUGGUUGUCUUUUGUUUCCAAAGCAGCUGAUGGGCGUACAAUUGUUGAAGAUUUGAGGAUCAACCAGUCAGGAUUCUGUCCCCAGAUGGACUUUGGUAGCAUCUCUAGAUUUGUUCUGAUAGUAUCCAAAAUCAAGGAGGGGCAACUGAUCGGGAAAUAAUUGAACACGUGGAUAUAGCAAGCUAAUAAUGGAUUCAAAAUUUAAACAAGGAACAUCCUCUCCUUUUCCAGGACUUGGGACAAAGCCAUGAAAAACAUCCUUCUCCUCUCCAAAAACACAACCAAAUCAUGGACCAAGAAAAAAACUUCACUUCCUUACAGAUCUCCACUCUUUCUUUUACUGAUCUCUGUCUUCACUCUCUUCAUUUUUCUUGUCUUCUUCACUUCCUAUACCAAAACCUCCAAACCUAUUUUACAGAAUACUCUAGAUUCCCAGAUCUCACAAUGCAGCAGAUUCCAAUCUCUAACUGGAGGAGAGAAAUUCCUGUGGUAUGCACCUCACAGUGGGUUCAGUAAUCAGCUAUCGGAAUUCAAGAAUGCUAUACUGAUGGCAGGAAUUUUGAACAGAACUUUAAUUGUGCCUCCAAUUCUUGACCAUCAUGCAGUUGCUCUUGGUAGUUGCCCUAAACUUAGGGUUUUGGGGCCUAAAGAUAUUAGAAUUUCCGUUUGGAAUCAUGCGAUUGAGCUUGUUAAGACUGGGAGGUACGUCUCUAUGGUUGACAUCAUUGAUAUUUCAUCAUUGGUUCCUUCUUCCAUUCGAGCUAUAGAUUUCAGGGUUUUUGCAUCCUUGUGGUGCGGUGUGAAUAAGGAUUUCAUUUGCACAAAUAAUUUGAAUGCAGAGUCCUCUCUAUUUGAUAGCCUUGGGCAGUGUGGGUCUGUACUGUCAGGGUUUACUGGUAAUAUAGGCAAGUGUUUAUAUGCUGUAGUUGAAGAUUGCAGAACCACAGUAUGGACUUAUAAGAAUGGAGAAAAGGAUGGAGUAUUAGAUUCUUUCCAACCUGAUGAGCAACUCAAGAAGAAGAAGAACAUUUCCUAUAUUAGGAGGCACCAAGAUGUAUACAAGGUACUUGGAACUGGUUCAGAAUCUGAAUCAGCCAGUGUUUUGGCAUUUGGAAGCCUUUUCACUGCCCCUUACAAGGGUUCAGAGCUAUAUAUUGAUAUCCACGAAGCACAGAGGGAUCAAAGGAUACAAUCUUUAAUUAAGAAAAGUCAAUUUCUUCCGUUUGUGCCUGAAUUGUUAAAUGCAGGGAGGAAGUUUGCUUUAGAGACCAUAAAGGCUCCUUUUCUUUGCGCCCAGCUCAGACUGUUAGAUGGUCAGUUUAAGAACCACUGGAAAACUACUUUUCUGGGCUUAAAACAAAAGUUAGAAACUUUAAAGCAGAGUGGCCCUCAACCCAUCCAUAUUUUUGUAAUGACUGAUCUUCCUCAAGGUAAUUGGACUGGAAGUUACUUGGGUGAUUUGGCUGAUGACACAAAACAUUUUAAGUUGCACUUCCUGAGAGAAGAUGACGACUUGGUGAUUCAAACAGCAAAGAAACUCGCAACCGCAGAGCAUGGCUUGAGACUUGGAUCUUUGCCAAUAAGUCUUAAUGGAGUGAGCAAGAUGAAGAUGCACUGUUCUCAUCAGAAAUUGCCUGACAUACUUCUAUAUGUUGAGGAAAGUGUUUGUGCUUGUGCUUCGCUUGGUUUUGUUGGGACUACUGGAUCAACUAUUGCAGAGAGUAUAGAGCUGAUGAGAAAAUCUGAUGUGUGUACAAAUAAUUCGUAGUCGAACUCCGACAUGACAUUUGGCUGGCUGUGGGUAAGUUCAGAAUAGUUCCGGGUUCUUUUUAAAUCCCAGUAUGCAAGCUUGGUUAAUAGGAGCCAUAUCUACAGGAUCUCGUUCUAUCCUAAGAUUCUUGGUGGUUCAUUGGGUUUACAGGAGGUAAAGAGUUUAAUUCUUUUGUGAACGUUAAAUGAAUACUUGCAGGCACUAUUCUUUUUCUCCGUGGCACAUAUCCAAAUAAAACAAUGUUACAGUUUAUUUUC